AUGACAUAAUUCCUGUGACAGAACCUACUCCUCAUGAAGUGGCAAACAGCACAGAACUUUUUGGCACAGAUGUUGACAGCUGUGAGAAGUGGCUGAAUUGCAAGAACGACUUCCUCGAGAAAUACCUACACCAGGUACUGACUGAAUUACCCAACUGCCCUUGCAUCUACCCAUCCGAGGUGGUCUACAGUGCUGUCAACAUUUUUGAUAGGAAGUUACAAAAGACCUAUCGUUGGCGAGACGCCAGUGGCCCAAAGGAGAGGCUGGACAUUUACAAGCCCUCCGCAAAGUUCUGCGUUCGCUCGAUGCUAUCCUUUGACAGCACCACAUUGGCUGCACAGCACUGCUGCUACGAUGAUCACAUGAAGCUCAUCACUCGAGGCAAAGGGGCUGGAGCCCCCAACCUUAUCAGUACGGAGUUCUCACCGGAACUUCAUUACAAAGUGGACGUUCUUCCGUGGAUCCUAUGUAAAGGAGACUGGAGCCGCUUUCAUUCGGUUCGGCCUCCCAAUAAUGGUCUACUGUGUGUUGAGAACCCGCAGGAAGACGUCUACAUGAAUGAACUAGAGGAGGCCAGGGAGUACUGAUCCAGAUCAUGGAUUUCACAUCAAAUCAA